UUAGUCGAGACAAGCUAUGGAAAAAUAGAGGGAGUUAGACGCAACUUUCCCCACAUGAACAUGCCAAUAACAUCUGUAAACAAAUUUCUAGGGAUCCCGUAUGCAGCGCCACCGAUCGGAAAACUACGGUUUCAACCUCCAUCGAAACCUUCCACUUGGAAACCAGAGAUUUACAACGCCUCCUUCUUUAGAAACAUCUGUAUUCAACCUCCCGAGUAUAACGAACUUUUUUGGCCAAAUUUUUCUCAUCCUGAAAGCGAGGACUGUCUAUAUCUAAACGUCUACACCCCCCUGAGUAAUACCAGCUCAGCAAGGAAUUUGUUUCCGGUUAUGGUGUAUAUACACGGGGGAGGAUACGAGGUCGGCACCCCUGUCGUAUCACCCGGGGACAUAAUCCCCUUGUGGGGUGUUGUGCUGGUCACAAUACAGUAUCGCUUAGGACCUUUUGGAUUUGUUACCACUGGAGAUGCAGAGGCCCCAGGAAAUUAUGGGAUGUUAGAUCAGAUCGAGGCUCUUAAGUGGGUUCGAGAGAACAUCGAGGCUUUUGGAGGGGACCGUUCUAAAGUUACAAUAUUUGGUGAAAGCGCCGGUGGAUCUAGCGUGGGACUUUUGUUGAUGUCUCCGCUGUCUAAGGGCCUUUUUCUUCGUGCUAUUCCCAUGAGUGGAGUUGAACUGUCACCUUUUGCAAUCGGCGCCAAAGCCAACGCGUUAUCGCAUACAAAAGAACUGGCAUCAAGACUUGGUUGCCCGGUUAAAGAAAGCGAGGCAACAAUCAAGUGCCUUCGGUCAAUUGACGCUCCUAAGCUUGUAAAGAUAUAUGACGCUGCGAAUAUCUGGAGACCCGUAGUUGAUGGGAAUUUUCUCACGGACACACCCGAGAAUCUCCGAAGAACAGGAAAAUUUCAUCAUUUAGACCUCAUGUCCGGAUUUACGAGUCAGGAAGGCGCUUACUUCUUUCCUUCUCUCAUCAGUGAAGUAACGUCCAACACUUUUCGCCAUAUUAUUAACGUCACCAUUUCUUAUAUUAUCAACAAGUACGGGCAGACUCAUACACCAAGUUAUAAACUACCAGAAAAACUGUUAGAUGCAAUUGUGUUUAUGUAUACACCCUGGCCAUACAUCCACAAUGCCACCAAAUUCAAGAUUGGUUUCGCAGAUGCCGUGACUGAUUCGUGCGUGGCGGAGUCCACGCACGCGAGUUUGCUUUCCCAUAGUGCUCAGAGCCCUGUGUAUAUGUACGAAUUCGCGUUCCGCUCUAAACUAAACCCUGCAGCUGAUUGGCUGGGAGUGAGACACAAAGAUGACACACCUUACCAGUUUGGUUUUCCGCUGAUGAACCUUACAGUUCUUCAAAAUUACACCGAAGAAGAUCGCAACGUGAGCAAAUUGAUCAUCACCUUAUUCACAAAUUUUGCUAAAUACGGUAAUCCGACUCCCCGACCAUUGAGAGGAGUGACAUGGAAGCAGUUUAACGCAACUUAUCGAGCCUACCUUCGCAUUAAAGAACAGCCCGAAAUGGCGAUUAACUUCUUCCCGACGCGAAUGGCAUUCUGGGACGAGUAUUAUAAGACGUUUUUAAAAGAGAAAGAAUGCCCUGUCGAAGCCAGAGCAAGCGUGGGGACGCAUGCGUGUUGCAAGGGUACAUUUAGUUAUUUCUUUACCCUCAUUCUUAUUAUAGUCGUGUUUUCGAUGCUUUCAAAUCGCCUUGAAUAGUAAGAAUUUAUGCACUUUAUAAAAAAAGCAACGUAAAUUCCCCUUUCUAGCAAAAAUGUAGUCUGCUACACAGCCGUUUUUAGAGUCGUUACUAAAACGGCUGUGUAGCAGACUAGCAAAAAUGGGGUUUCAUUCACGUCUUUGCUCUCGCUAUCUUUUGCGCUUGUGCGUUGAGGCUAGAUGCAUGAUGUAAUAAUCUUCUUGAUCUAUAAGGUAAACAAACAGCAAUACCCUGACAGCAGGAAUUAUACAAUACGGAAAGAUGAUUAGAAAUUAUCGAAGCGAGCACAAUUCAGUAGAUUUUGUUUAUACCCUCAAAGUUGAUUGCUAGGAUCCUUGUAUAAUAUAAUGAAACUUCAAACAGAAAAGAACUGCAUGUACUGAAACCCAAAACACGGAAGAAGAGCUGCCCAGAACAUCUCAAGCGUAAACUACAAGGUAAAAGUCUAUCAGUUCUACGUCGGUAAUUAGUUACAGUACACAUCACACAGACAAACCUGAGGCCAACAGUGCGCCCAUUUUACCUCUCUCUCCGUCAGUUCUCCGUCUCCUUUUAAUAGGGAGCUUUAGCAACGACGACGGCGACGGCAAAUAGGACGUCAGAAAAGCAAUAGGUUUAUUACGCAAAACAACAACUUUGCACGUGCAUUACGCUUUUUUGUACAUUUCUUCACCGUCCUUGCACGACUACGACGUGAAAAUUCCUAAUUGCAAGUUUUAUGGAGGACGUAAACAAGCGACGACGAAUCUCUUUUUCUCUCUCUAAACUUGAGUGCGGUCCUCAAGAAAUCAACUCCAGGGAAAUUCGCCUACACUUGCCAUUUUCAGCAAACUAGUAAAGCUUCCGAAGCGAGAAUUAAGAAGGCAGGUUGACCAGUUUGAGCCGGAUUUCGAAAAGACACCUGACUUAUACUGCGACCGAAGACGAUGGUCAUUCCACGCUUCGCAACUUUGAUGGCAGUUCUUGUUUUGUUUACAAGCAGCGAAAUCGAUUCUGUCAAGUGCACAAAUGAGAAGCCUUUAGUCGAGACAAGCUAUGGAAAAAUAGAGGGAGUUAGACGCAGCUUUCCCCACAUGAACAUGCCAAUAACAUCUGUAAACAAAUUUCUAGGGAUCCCGUAUGCAGCGCCACCGAUCGGAAAACUACGGUUUCAACCUCCAUCGAAACCUUCCACUUGGAAACCAGAGAUUUACAACGCCUCCUUCUUUAGAAACAUCUGUAUUCAACCUCCCGAGUAUAACGAACUUUUUUGGCCAAAUUUUUCUCAUCCUGAAAGCGAGGACUGUCUAUAUCUAAACGUCUACACCCCCCUGAGUAAUACCAGCUCAGCAAGGAAUUUGUUUCCGGUUAUGGUGUAUAUACACGGGGGAGGAUACGAGGUCGGCACCCCUGUCGUAUCACCCGGGGACAUAAUCCCCUUGUGGGGUGUUGUGCUGGUCACAAUACAGUAUCGCUUAGGACCUUUUGGAUUUGUUACCACUGGAGAUGCAGAGGCCCCAGGAAAUUAUGGGAUGUUAGAUCAGAUCGAGGCUCUUAAGUGGGUUCGAGAGAACAUCGAGGCUUUUGGAGGGGACCGUUCUAAAGUUACAAUAUUUGGUGAAAGCGCCGGUGGAUCUAGCGUGGGACUUUUGUUGAUGUCUCCGCUGUCUAAGGGCCUUUUUCUUCGUGCUAUUCCCAUGAGUGGAGUUGAACUGUCACCUUUUGCAAUCGGCGCCAAAGCCAACGCUUUAUCGCAUACAAAAGAACUGGCAUCAAGACUUGGUUGCCCCGUUAAAGAAAGCGAGGCAACUAUCAAGUGCCUUCGGUCAAUUGACGCUCCUAAGCUUGUAAAGAUAUAUGACGCUGCGAAUAUCUGGAGACCCGUAGUUGAUGGGAAUUUUCUCACGGACACACCCGAGAAUCUUCGAAGAACAGGAAAAUUUCAUCAUUUAGACCUCAUGUCCGGAUUUACGAGUCAGGAAGGCGCUUACUUCUUUCCUUCUCUCAUCAGUGAAGUAACGUCCAACACUUUUCGCCAUAUUAUUAACGUCACCAUUUCUUAUAUUAUCAACAAGUACGGACAGACUCAUACACCAAGUUAUAAACUACCAGAAAAACUGUUAGAUGCAAUUGUGUUUAUGUAUACACCCUGGCCAUACAUCCACAAUGCCACCAAAUUCAAGAUUGGUUUCGCAGAUGCCGUGACUGAUUCGUGCGUGGCGGAGUCCACGCACGCGAGUUUGCUUUCCCAUAGUGCUCAGAGCCCUGUGUAUAUGUACGAAUUCGCGUUCCGCUCUAAACUAAACCCUGCAGCUGAUUGGCUGGGAGUGAGACACAAAGAUGACACACCUUACCAGUUUGGUUUUCCGCUGAUGAACCUUACAGUUCUUCAAAAUUACACCGAAGAAGAUCGCAACGUGAGCAAAUUGAUCAUCACCUUAUUCACAAAUUUUGCUAAAUACGGUAAUCCGACUCCCCGACCAUUGAGAGGAGUGACAUGGAAGCAGUUUAACGCAACUUAUCGAGCCUACCUUCGCAUUAAAGAACAGCCCGAAAUGGCGAUUAACUUCUUCCCGACGCGAAUGGCAUUCUGGGACGAGUAUUAUAAGACGUUUUUA